AUGGAGAAUUAUGGGACGGCCCCAUCAUCGGCCGAACAUCCCGGCAUAUUUCGAUCCGAGGAAAUGUGCCUGGCCCAGUUAUUCAUUCAAAGCGAAGCUGCCUACAACUGUGUAGCAGAACUCGGUGAAUUGGGCUUGGUGCAAUUCAGAGAUUUAAACCCCGAUGUGAGCGCCUUUCAACGAAAAUAUGUGAACGAAGUUCGACGUUGUGAUGAAAUGGAGAGAAAAUUGAGGUAUUUGGAGAGGGAAAUCAAGAAAGAUCAAAUUCCGAUGCUUGACACCGGAGAAAAUCCGGAUGCACCACAGCCCAGAGAAAUGAUUGAUCUCGAGGCAACUUUUGAAAAGCUUGAAAACGAGCUGCGCGAAGUCAAUCAAAACGAGGAGACGCUCAAGAAAAAUUUCAGUGAGCUCACCGAGCUGAAACAUAUUCUACGGAAGACACAAACGUUCUUUGAAGAGCACGAGGAUCUUGUGGCCGAAUCAUCGCUAAUCAAUGAGGACGACCAAGAACACACCUCGUCUUUUGAUCACACUCCCUUAAAGCUUCAACUACGAUUUGUGGCUGGUGUGAUUCAACGGGAACGUUUACCAGCCUUUGAGAGGCUGUUAUGGCGGGCUUGUCGAGGAAAUGUAUUCCUUCGACAGUCGGAUAUUGAUGAUGUCAUUCAAGAUGCCGUUACGGGCGAGUCAGUUAAUAAGACGGUUUUCAUUAUUUUUUUCCAAGGAGAUCAACUAAAAACCAAAGUAAAGAAGAUUUGUGAAGGGUUUCGUGCAACAUUGUAUCCUUGCCCUGACACCCCCCAAGAAAGGAGGGAAAUGUCGAUUGGUGUGAUGACUCGAAUCGAAGAUUUGAAAACUGUUUUGGGACAAACUCAAGACCACCGUCAUCGUGUUUUGGUUGCUGCCAGCAAAAAUGUCAGAAUGUGGCUCACAAAGGUGCGGAAAAUCAAGUCGAUAUAUCACACUCUUAAUCUCUUCAACAUUGAUGUUACACAGAAAUGUUUAAUUGCGGAAUGCUGGUGUCCAAUGGCUGAGCUUGAUAGAAUCAAAAUGGCCUUGAAACGUGGAACGGAAGAAUCUGGAUCACAAGUUCCAUCUAUUUUGCAACGAAUGGAAACCUCGGAGGACCCACCAACCUAUCACAAAAGCAACAAGUUUACUCGGGGAUUCCAGGAGAUUGUCGAUGCCUAUGGAAUGUCCACAUAUCGUGAAAUUAACCCAGCUCCUUACACGAUGAUCACAUUCCCAUUCUUGUUUGCGGUCAUGUUUGGUGAUAUGGGUCACGGUACAAUCAUGUUGCUGGCUGGACUGUUCUUUAUUCUGAAAGAGAAACAACUCGAAGCUGCUCGAAUUAGCGACGAGAUUUUCACCACCUUCUUUAAUGGCCGAUAUGUUAUCUUUUUGAUGGGAGCUUUUUCAAUUUAUACCGGCUUUAUUUAUAACGAUCUCUUCAGCAAAUCUGUCAAUAUGUUUGGAUCGUCGUGGGUCAACACUUACAACUACUCGAGUUUACAUGCAAUGUUUGACCCUCAAAAUGGUAAUGAAGAGAAAUCAUGGAUGAUAAUUCCCGAGCGAGGAUAUUUGAAUGAUCAUGGGCCUUAUCCGUUUGGUGUUGAUCCAGUGUGGAAUUUAGCAGAAAGCAACAAGCUGACUUUCUUAAACUCAAUGAAAAUGAAGGCUUCGGUCAUUCUUGGUAUUGCACAAAUGACGUUUGGAAUUAUGCUCUCACUUUACAAUCACCGAUAUUUCAAAUCUGAUCUCGACAUUAAAUUCAUGUUCAUCCCACAAAUGCUGUUCCUCGCCUCGAUAUUUAUGUAUUUAUGCUUGCAAAUUAUUGUCAAAUGGCUAUUCUUCGCGUCGACGCCAUCACGAGUACUUGGCUAUGACUACCCCGGUUCUUCCUGCGCGCCAUCUUUACUUAUCGGUUUGAUCAACAUGUUUAUGCGAAAGUCUGGACGUGAAACCGGCUUCACUGGACCCCAAUGCUAUUUGAACUUUUGGUAUCCUGGACAGUCAUUCUUCGAGUUUAUCUUCCUCAGCGUGGCAGUCAUUUGCGUGCCAGUAAUGCUCUUUGCUAAGCCAUAUCUGAUGUGGAAAGAAGAUCAACAAAGACGUGGCCAAGGACACGCGCAUUUGAGCUGGGUCGAGUUGGUGUUGUUGGUGGUGGCCGUCGUGCAAAUUCCCAUCAUGCUUUUCGCAAAACCAUUCUUCUUAAAGCGACGUUCAAAAUCGCACCAAAGAUUGAUCAAUUCACAUCACGAUGAUCAACCGGCAACUUCCUACGGUCACCACGAGAGUGUUCGAGCUGAUAUCAAUGGAGAUGAUGUCGAGGUCGUGCAACAUCAUGAUGAAUCAGCAAAGCAAAAUGGUGGCGGUCAUGGAGGUCAUGGUGGACACGGCGAUGGACCACUCGAUAUGGGUGACGUGAUGGUCUACCAAGCAAUCCAUACCAUUGAGUUUGUACUCGGUUGUGUUUCACAUACUGCAUCUUACCUUCGAUUGUGGGCACUUUCUCUAGCGCAUGCACAACUAUCGGACGUGCUUUGGACCAUGGUCUUCCGUCAUGCAUUUGGCUUCAGUGGCUAUUUGGGCCCCUUCGUCACGUACGCGCUUUUCUUCGUGUUUUUCUUCCUCUCACUGGGCAUCUUGGUUUUGAUGGAAGGCCUUUCCGCAUUUCUUCACGCACUGCGUCUUCAUUGGGUUGAGUUUCAAUCGAAAUUUUAUGGUGGACAAGGCUACGCUUUUGCACCAUUCUCAUUCGAAAAGAUACUUGCCGAGGAAAGAGCUGCCGAAGAACAACUC